ACUAAACAGAAGGACUGUAGCGAUGGCGGAGGAGGAGGUCAACUAUGCUUCAGUUGUUUUCAAAACUAAGAAGCAUUCCCCAUCUGAAGCUAAUAAUGAGGAGGAAACUGUGUACAGUGAUGUGAAGGUGCGAAGCAAAACAACCGAAAAGACUGCUGACACAAACGCAGGACUUUUGCCAGACAAGAAAACAAACAGCAGAGGUCACUGCUAUCAGCAGGUGGCUUGUUGUUUGGGGAUUCUUUGUGUCAUUUUGCUGUUGGGCAUCAUAGCAGUCUGUGUCUACGAAAACCAGAACCUGACAACACAAAACCAGGAGCUGGAGACACAGAACCAGGAUCUGGAGUCACAGAGGAACAACUUAACAGAACAAAUACAAAACAUGGAGAAAAAGUGGAAUGAGCUCAACGUCAGUCGAGCUCAGUGGAGCAUUGAUGCCUACUGCCCAAAACCAAAGAACCAAAACAGACAGUGUAAAGCUUGUCAGAAAGGUUGGAUACUCUCCGAAUCCAGCUGCUAUGCGAUUAAUGACGCUGAUGAUUCUGGUCAGAAAACCUGGGAAGAAGCUCGAGAAGACUGCAGAGGAAAGAUUUCAGAUCUGGUUGUUAAACUUGAUCAAAAGGAGAAGAAAUAUGUCGACUUUAACUGGGGCAGUUAUGGCUACUGGAUUGGCCUGAGAGCUGAAGCUGGAAAUUGGACGUGGAUCAAUGGAACUUUUCUAAAGACUCAAGACUACUGGACAGAAACACCUUCUGGUGAAGCUCAUUGUGUGAUUUCUGUCGGAGGGACACCUUCCAAGAGAUGGAAAGCUGUGAAGUGUGAUGAGAAACAUCGAUGGAUCUGUGAGAAGAAAGCUUUAUCCGUUUAAGAUCUGUAAUCAGAACUGAAGAGAUUACUGGAUAGUCUGCACAGAUGAAUGACGCGUACAAUAACAUCAGCUGGCUUGUAAAAAAGAAAAUGUAUAAAAAUUUCUACUACAGAAUAUCCUGUAUUUAAUUUCAAAUAUUGUGUAUAAAGGGUUUUAUUUUUCCAAGAUGCUUGUGUAUGGUGUGUGUGUAUCACAAAAAAGACAUAAACAGAUCUUUGUAUGUAUAUAUGUGUAAUACAGUUUUGGAUUAUUGAUACUGUGAGUCUGACUAUUGACCAGUAUUUAGAAAAAUACAGUGACGACUCUGCAGGGGGAGCUGAAGUGCUAAUAACAUCAGAUAUACAUUUCUUCUACUUUGAUGAAGCCACAAUAAUGAAAUGUUGAAUAUCAGGAUAUGAUGAGAUCCAUGAGAGGAAUCCAUAAAACCUGUCUUUUGUAAUUGCAGGAUUAAAAUUGUUAAUACUGAUUAGUCCACAGGGAGUGAUGUCAAACUCUACAAAAUGUUUCCCGGUCUGUUUUCAUGAUCAUCUGUAUUUUCGUAAUAUUCUGGUAUUUAAACAAUAAAUGUAUAUGUAGAGGUGA